AUGUUAUCAGCAUAUGGAGAUUUUAGCUCUUCUCCGAUGCGACUAACAGAGGCCUAUAACAGGACAGGUGUGAAUCUUGUACACGUUCCGAAUGGGAGGAAGGAUGCUGCCGACAAGGCGAUUUUGGUUGACAUGUUUUUAUUUGCACUGGAUUAUCGCAGGCCUGCAACAAUUUUACUUAUCUCAGGAGACAUUGAUUUUGAGCCUGCUCUUCAUACUUUACGUCAUCAGGGAUACACAAUAAUUGUUGCCAUUAAACCUAUUUGGCACCAAGUAUCGAUAAAGCAAAAUGGAACAAUAGAGAAUGAAAAACCAAGAUUAGUCCCUACAUUAAAAGAAACAGAAGAUGGCCCCAAAAAAUGUGAAUUCUACAUUGUAGUAAGCCAUGAAAACAAGGUCAAAAACUUGCAAAUGCAGAAGUAA